AUGCCCGCGAUUUACAGCGCCCCGGACGGGAGCAAAGAGGCGGCGGUGCUGGAAAAGCUGCGACGGGUGAUCGACCCAGACUUUGGCGAGGACAUCGUAAACUGCGGCUUUGUCAAAGCGCUGAACGUGGACGAAAGCGCGGGAAACGUGCUGUUUGCGAUUGAAUUGACGACACCGGCGUGCCCGGUGAAGGCGGAAUUCGAACGGCAGGCGAAGGCGUUCGUCGGGGAGUUGGAAUGGGUGAAGAACGUGCGGGUGACGAUGACGGCGCAGCCGGCGAGAAACGACGCGCCGGAGACGGUUGAGGGAUUGCGCAGAGUGCGACACAUCAUCGCGGUGAGCUCGUGUAAGGGCGGAGUCGGGAAAUCGACGACGAGCGUGAACUUGGCGUACACGCUGGCCAUGAUGGGGGCAAAGGUGGGGAUUUUGGACGCCGACGUCUACGGACCGAGCUUGCCGACGAUGAUUUCGCCCGAAUCGCCGGUGUUAGAGAUGGAUAAAGGCACGGGAACGAUCACGCCGGUGGAGUACGAGGGAGUGAAGGUGGUCUCGUUCGGGUUCGCCGGACAAGGGAGCGCCAUCAUGCGCGGACCGAUGGUGAGCGGGUUGAUUAAUCAACUCUUGACGACGACGGAUUGGGGCGAGCUGGAUUAUUUAAUUCUCGACAUGCCACCGGGAACUGGGGAUAUUCAGUUGACGCUGUGCCAAGUCGUCCCCAUCACCGCUGCGGUCGUCGUGACAACGCCGCAAAAGUUAGCCUUCAUCGACGUCGAAAAAGGUGUGCGCAUGUUUGCCAAGCUAGCGGUGCCGUGCGUGAGCGUCGUAGAAAACCUGAGUUACUUUGAAGUCGACGGCGUCAAACACAAACCCUUCGGCGAGGGCAGUGGCGCGGCGAUUUGUGAGCAAUAUGGCGUGCCAAACUUGCUGCAAAUGCCCAUCGUGCCCGAGUUGAGCGCGUGCGGGGACACCGGUCGGCCGCUCGUGUUGCGAGACCCGGCGUGCAAGACGAGCUCGAGGUACCAAGACGUCGCCGCCACCGUCGUUCGAGAGGUCGCCAAGCUUAACAACGGAAAGAAGCCGCGCGUCGAUAUCGAUCCAGGUUAUGAUGGCGCGUUUCGCGUCGAACUUCCCGGGGAGAAUGACGAUAAGCCGUUUUGGAUCACGGCGAAAAACGUUCGCAUGUCCGACACGAGCGCUCGCGUCAAGGGCAGCGACGAGUCCCCGGACAGGCUCUUAAACGGCACCCCGAUCCCGGACGAUAUCGCUCCGAUAGAAAUGUCCGUCAUCGGAAACUACGCCAUGUCCGUGACGUGGCCGGACGGCUUGAGCCAGGUCGCCGCCUUCAACACGCUCGCCAAGCUCGAGCGUCUCCCCGCGCGCGCGUCUUGA